AUGAGGGUCAUGUCCACCAAGACACAGAAGAGAAGUAAAGUUCGUUUUGUUUCUCGAAUUCGACGCCGUUUUAUUGUUGAUGCCAUUCAUCAUUUUGAGUUGCCACUGUUGUUGGUAACAAUGGCUGAAGUUGUGAAAGGAUCUUGCCUCUGUGAAGGCGUCAAAUUCACCGUCCAGGGAACCCCUGACGCCAUCUUUAUCUGCUACUGCUCACACUGCAAGAAGAAUGCCGGUGCUCCAGGUCAAAUCGCAAGUUUGAAACCCCCCAGUGACUUCCAAGAUCUCAUACUAACGAUCUCUCAGUCAGCCAAGUUCAAGUGCGAAAAUGUGCACGUCUUGGAAGGAAGCGAGCAUAUCAAUACAUGGAUUCUGAAAGACAACCUCAGUGGCUGUGAGAAACACAAGAAGUUCUGUUCUCGGUGCGGUUGCACAUUGUGGACAAUUCCUAUGAAGCAUUCCGGUAGCCAUUGGAUCGUUCGGACAGCUCUGCUGGAGAAUGGGUAA